AUGGAGCUCCCAGCGAUGUCGGAGGUGAUGGCACUCUCCCUGCUGUUCGGGCUGUUUGCCCUGAUGGCUACGGUGGCGAUCGCGCGGGGGUGGCUGCGUGCCAAGGAGGAGGAAGAGGAGAAGAAGAAGGCCCAAAAUACAAAUGGACCCAAGAAACCAGGAUCCAAAAUGCAGAAACAGCAGCAGCGGAUUCGCAAGGAGAAGCCUCAGCAACACAACUUCACCCACCGCCUUCUGGCUGCAGCACUAAAGAGCCAUAGUGCGAACAUAUUGUGCAUGGACUUCAGCAGCAAUGGUAAGUAUCUGGCCACCUGUGCAGGCGAUCGCACCGUUCGCAUCUGGAGCACCAAGGACUUCCUGCAGCUGGAACAUCAUAGCAUACGAGCCAACGUGGAGCUGGACCACGCCACCUUGGUGCGCUUCAGCCCUGACUGCACAGCCUUCAUUGUCUUGCUGGCCAGUGGGGACACCCUCCGGGUCUUCAAGAUGACCAUGCUAGAAGAUGGAGGCUUUACCUUCACAGCCACCCCAGAGGACUCCCCUAGAAAGCACAAGGCACCUGUCAUCAACAUUGGCAUUGCUGACACAGGAAAUUUCAUCAUGACAGCCUUCAGUGACACAACUGUCCUCAUCUGGAAUCUGAAAAGUCAGGGUUUGUCUACCAUUAACACCAACCAGAUGAACACCUAUGCUGCCAUAUCCCCUUGCAGCAGGUUUGCGGCCUCGUGUGACUUCACUCCAGAUGUGAAGGUCUGGGAAGUCUGCUUCGGGAAGAAGGAGGAAUUCCAGGAGGUCAUGCGAGCCUUUGAACUGAAGGGCCACUUGGCAGCUGUCCACUGCUUCGCCUUCUCCAGUGACUCCGGGUGGAUGGCCUCUGUGUCCAAGGAUGGCACAUGGAAAAUGUGGGACACCGACAUGGAAUACAGGAAGCAGCAGGACCCCUGUUUGUUGAGGACAGGCCACUUUGAAGAGGCAAGCACCAUGCUGUGCCACCUGGCACUCUCCCCUGACACCCAUGUCUUGGCCUUGGGCAGUGACACCAGCAUUCAUCUCUACAUCAUGCAGCACGGCGAGGAGGAGAGCUUUGAGCAGGUCCACGGGGAGUGUAUUGAUGACUUGGCCUUCAACAUCACCAGCUGCUUGAUGGCCUCCUGUAGGGACUGGGCCAUGCGGCUCUUCCACAACACCCCAGGUCACUGGGCAGUGGAGGAGAUGCAGACCCUGCUGAAGUGUGCUUCCAGUGACUGCACUGCCAGAGGCUGCAGCAGCAGCUGGCCCAGGCCCAGUAGGCUCUCAAGAGCCUGGGUACCCUGA